AAAAAAAUAUAAAAAUUACUUCAGUGUUAUUGUUUUAAGUGUGUUUUUGUUGUUGUUGUUACUGGUUUCAUCACCUGUCUGUCACUCAAAAGUUUUGUUAACGUUUUUUGUUGCUGUUGCCCACAACUUCGCAAAAUGGACACACAACUUGUGUGGGCCCGUGAUCCGGUUGAAGGUUAUAUACAGUGUCAAAUAUCGGAAAUCGGUGCUAAGGAAUUUGAAGUCACACCCUUGGAUCGCAAGUAUCCAAAACGUUCAUGUGCCGUAGAUGAUAUAUUUUCAUCGUGCGAUGGACCACAGGAUCAUGAUGAUAAUUGCGAACUUAUGCUCCUUAAUGAAGCCACAUUUUUGGAUAAUUUAAAAAUCCGUUACUACAAAGACAAAAUUUAUACAUAUGUGGCCAAUAUAUUAAUAGCUGUAAAUCCCUAUCGUGAUUUAAAUGAUCUCUAUGCACCUGCCACAAUUAAAAAAUACAAUGGACGUUCCUUGGGUGAAUUGCCACCCCAUGUUUUUGCCAUAGCUGACAAAGCUAUACGUGAUAUGCGCGUAUAUAAAGCUUCCCAAUCGAUUAUUGUAUCGGGAGAGUCGGGAGCUGGUAAAACAGAAUCAACAAAAUAUUUACUUAAAUAUUUGUGUCAUUCGCACGAUAGUGCUGGUCCUAUAGAGCAAAAAAUCUUAGAUGCUAAUCCCGUUUUAGAGGCAUUUGGUAAUGCGAAAACCACACGCAACAACAAUUCGUCUCGUUUUGGUAAAUUUAUUGAGGUUCACUAUGAUGGCAAAACUCAAGUUGUUGGCGGUUACAUUUCACAUUAUUUGCUGGAAAAGAGUCGUAUUUGUACUCAAAGCGCUGAGGAACGCAACUAUCAUGUGUUCUAUAUGUUGUUGGCUGGGGCGCCUCAACAAUUGCGUGAUAAAUUAAGCUUAGGCAAACCAGAUGAUUAUCGGUACCUUUCUGGUUGUACUCAAUACUUUGCCAACAGCAAGACGGAACAAUUAAUACCGGCAACACAAAAAUCAAAAGACCAUUCAAAAAAGGGACCUCUAAAAGAUCCCAUCAUCGAUGAUUACAAUCAUUUUCAAAAUUUGGACAAGGCUUUGGGACGUCUGGGUCUAAAUGAAGCUCAAAAGUUGGAAAUAUAUUCCCUAGUAGCAGCCUGCUUGCAUUUGGGUAAUAUAUCAUUUGAAGAAAUACCAGAUGAUGCUAGGGGUGGCUGUCAAGUAUCGGAAUCAUCGGAAAAAUCUUUAACAAUUACUUGCCGUUUGUUGGGUGUUGAUCCAGAUGAACUGAGACAGGCCUUAGUGUCCAGGGUAAUGCAAAGUAAGGGAGGUGGCUUCAAGGGCACCGUAAUAAUGGUCCCCUUAAAAAUGUAUGAAGCCUCUAAUGCUCGUGAUGCUUUAGCUAAAGCCAUUUACAGCCGUUUAUUUGAUCGCAUUGUGGCUUUAAUCAAUCAAAGCAUUCCAUUCCAAGCUUCCAAUUACUAUAUUGGUGUUUUGGAUAUUGCCGGUUUUGAAUACUUCACCGUUAAUUCAUUUGAACAGUUUUGCAUUAACUAUUGCAAUGAGAAAUUACAGAAAUUCUUCAAUGACAAUAUUUUGAAAAAUGAACAAGAACUUUAUAAACGUGAAGGUUUGAAUGUUCCUGAAAUCACAUUUACAGAUAAUCAAGAUAUUAUCGAAUUAAUUGAAUCGAAAGCAAAUGGUAUCUAUACUCUGCUGGAUGAAGAAAGUAAAUUGCCUAGACCGUCAGCAGUACAUUUUACCACAGAGGUGCACAAAGCUUGGACGAAUCAUUUCCGUUUAGGUUUGCCUCGAUCAUCAAGACUCAAAGCUCAUCGUACUUUAAGAGAUGAGGAAGGUUUCUUAGUGCGUCAUUUUGCUGGAGCAGUUUGUUACAAUACCGAACAGUUUAUAGAGAAAAAUAAUGAUGCUCUACACGCUUCCUUGGAGGGUUUGGUGCAGGAAUGUGAAAAUACUCUAUUAAAAUCAUUAUUCCCUUCCGGUAGCAGCAAUGCCACUAGAGGCAAAUUGAAUUUUAUCUCGGUGGGCUCUAAAUUCAAGACACAAUUGGCUGAAUUAAUGGAAAAAUUAGAGAAGAAUGGCACCAAUUUUAUACGUUGUAUUAAACCCAAUAGUAAAAUGAUUGAUCGUGAUUUUGAGGGUGGUUUGGCGUUGGCUCAAUUGAAAUGCUCUGGCACCAUAUCUGUGUUAGAGCUUAUGGAACAUGGCUAUCCAUCUCGUGUCCCCUUUGCCGAUCUUUAUAACAUGUAUAAAUCUCUACUGCCACCAGAAUUGGCCAAAUUGCCAGCACGCACUUUCUGCGAAGCCAUGUUACAGUCUUUGAAUCUUAGCUCAAGAGAUUUUAAAUUUGGCAUCACUAAAGUAUUCUUCCGGCCUGGUAAAUUCAUAGAAUUCGAUCGUAUCAUGAAGUCCGAUACAGAAAAUCUAUUAGCCAUUGUGGCUAAGGUUAAGAAAUGGUUAAUACGUUCUAGAUGGGUCAAGUCUACCUUAGGAGCUUUAUGCGUUAUUAAAUUACGCAACCGCAUUAAGUAUCGUAAUAAAUGCGUUUUAAUUAUGCAAAGUACUGUUCGUGGUUAUUUGGCUCGCAAACAUCAUCGUCCUCGUUAUCAGGGUAUUGCGAAAAUUAAUAAAAUUCGUUUUAAUGCUCAGAAAACGGUGGAAAUUGCCGGUGGCUUGAAAAGGGGCCGUGAAGAGAUUUUAAACGAAGUUUCUGAUAUAAAUCGUCAAAUUGAUGAAGCCAUACGCAAGAUUAAGGCUAAUGAAAAAAUUACUACCCGAGAAAUUGAUGGACUCUAUACGAAUGUCAUGGCUAAUAUGAAUAAAAUCACUGUGGACUUAAAUACUAAACUUAAGGAACAACAACAAGCUGAAGAGCAAGAACGCUUACGUAAGAUACAAGAAGCCCUAGAAGCUGAACGUCGUGCUAAGGAGGAAGAUGAACGCCGUUGUCGCGAAGAAGAAGAUAACAAGAGGCUUAAAGCCGAAAUGGAAGCCAGACGUAAAGCAGAAGAGGUGCAACGUCUCAGGCAGGAAGAAGAGGAUCGUAAAGCAGCCUUAGCUUUACAGGCACAAUUGGAAAAGGAAGCUCAAGAUGAUGCUAAAUUUAGGCAACAACUGGAGCAAGAACGUAGAGAUCAUGAAUUGGCCUUACGUUUGGCCAGUGAAUCAAAUGGCCAAGUGGAAGACAGUCCACCCGUGAUAAGAAAUGGUCAAAUGGAUGCAACUUUAAUGGGUCAAAAUAAACUUAUCAGAUCGGAAAAUGUUCGUGCCCAACAGCAGGCUUUGGGCAAACAGAAAUAUGAUUUGUCAAAAUGGAAAUAUUCGGAAUUACGUGAUGCUAUUAAUACAUCCUGUGAUAUUGAAUUGUUAGAGGCUUGUCGCCAAGAAUUCCAUCGCCGCUUGAAGGUCUAUCAUGCCUGGAAGGCAAAGAAUCGCAAACGUACUACCAUGGAUGAAAACGAAAGAGCUCCAAAAAGUGUUAUGGAAGCGGCUUCUAAAGCACCACCUUUGGUACAGCCUAAACAAGAAAUUACAACUGCCCAGCAUCGCUAUUUCCGCAUACCAUUUAUGAGAGCAAAUGCACCUGAAAAUACUAAACGCGGUCUGUGGUAUGCUCAUUUUGAUGGUCAAUGGAUUGCCAGGCAAAUGGAACUACAUGCCGACAAACCACCAAUACUUUUAACAGCUGGUAUCGAUGACAUGCAAAUGUGCGAACUAAGCUUAGAGGAAACUGGCUUGACACGUAAACGUGGCGCUGAAAUACUGGAACAUGAAUUUAAUCGUGAAUGGGAAAAGCAUGGUGGUAAACCAUAUAAAAAUUUAGGUGCUAAAUAAAUUAUAAAACUAAUACUAAAACAACAACAAAAUAUAAACUAUAUUUUAUAAUUUAAAAUUAUAAAAAGUUAAACAAGAAUUAGAAGAAACAUACAUAUUUGUUUUCAAAAUAAUAAACGAAACAAAAAUAUACAUAAUAUUUUUACACUAAAUUAAAAACAAAAGGAAUAUUCAUUGGUUAUCAUAAAUCAUAGUAGUAGUUAGUAUUUCUUAUUUUAAUUUUUUUUUUAAUUAUUAUUUUCAAAAUGUACGUGUGCCUUUUCUAGACAAAAAAAAAACAAAACUUACACAAAAAAGAAAAUCCUUUAUGGUUUCUGUUUAAUUAAACUGAAUGAAAAACAAAAGGCAUUCAACACACACACACACAAUAAGUAUUUAAAUAUUCAUACAUAAUUUACUAUAACUAUUAUUUAAUAAAAUAAAAUAAAUUUACAUACCUAUUAAACAUAAUAAAAUUUAUUAUCAUAAAAAUA